AUGACGGCUGAAACUAAAGUGCGGUUCUUGAAGUGCAAAGCCGAAUCGGUGUACAAUAGCUUAAAGCGCAUGGAUAUUUCGCUAGCUAAAGACGCGAUUUGCCUGUUUGGGUCCGCGGAGUUGACAGUUCGGCUAGAACUUCUUGAGCAUACUCAAGCCUCAUUCAGGCUUGCCCACAAUGCGCUGGAGGAGCUAGACUAUUCGGAAAUCGGCAGUGAGCUUAGCGACAAUUUUGAAAUGCUCAUGGUAUCGGUCAAGUCACGGCUAAGACGGCAACUUGACAACUGUCAGCUUCGAAUGCCAACAUCUUCCACUAUGCACCUUGAUCCCAACCUGGAUCAGUCAACUGUCAUGGUUGAUCGAGGGCAUAGGACUCGCCUGCCCGAAGUAAAACUGCCUACAUUCUCUAGUGGAUACACCGAAUACUCAGAUUUCCUCUCCAUGUUUAUCUCGGUGAUAGAUAAGGACCCCUACUUGGCUGACAUAGAAAAGCUUCAACAUUUGCGGUCAUGCUUAGCUGGAGCUGCGCUGGAGUCGGCACACAUCAAUGAAAUUCUUGGGCUCAAGAGGCUCGAGUCUGCGUCUGCUGUGGCAUUGCGGGAUUUUUCGGACAAAAUUAUUGGGCAUAUGCGAGCGCUUCAGGCCUUGGGAGAUUUAAAACAAAUCUCAGGCUGCAUGGUUGUAUACAUGAUAGUGCAAAAAUUGGAUGCAGCAACCCAAGCCAACUGGGAGGAAAGUUUGUCAACGGAUAUGAUUCCAAGCGAGGAGGAUUUGCUCUCGUACCUUGAAGGGCGAUGCCAGAAACUGGAGAGCGUUCAGCAUGCCUUGGCUUCCAACAUGGCCCAUGACCAUUCAGCUCCAAGGCCUGCCAGAAGGACGUUACUUGGUGCCCAGGUCAGCCAGAGUAGCUGCGUUUUUUGUGAUACUCCUGGUCAUGGAAUAUACUCCUGUAGCUCCUUCGCCGGUCUGUCUCCUAGUCUACGGCAAAGGGAAAUAAAAAGACUUUCCUUGUGCUUCAAUUGCCUAAAGAAGGGGCACCACACUCGAACGUGCAACUCCGGCCAUUGCCGCACAUGCGGUGGAAAACACCACACGCUGCUCCAUCUACGCCCUGAUGAUUCACCACCCUCGCAGCCAUCUGCCUCGCUUGCGGCCCAAGGAUUUCAUUCUGAUGUUGUGCUUUUGGCCACCGCUAUAGUUCUUGUAAAGAACAGAGCUGGUUCCCCGGUACCUUGCCGAGUCCUACUGGAUUCUGGAUCUCAACUACACCUAAUUACAUCUCGCUUCGCCCAGGAGUUGCAGUUAAGGAAAUCUCGGUCAGCAGCAACGGUAACUGGUCUUGGUGAUACAGCUGUUUCUUCAGAAGGAUCUACAGUCAGCAUCUCCCUCCAGUCGCGUUCUUCUGAAUACUCUGUGGCUCUAACGGCACUGGUCGUGCCAACGAUUACAGACAGUCAGCCUAGUUACAUCAUUGAUAUCGCUGAUUGGAAUAUGCCAUCUAACAUACAGUUGGCUGACCCUGCAUUCAACUGUCCCCAGCGCGUUGACCUGCUUCUUGGUGCCGGCCUAUUUUAUGACCUGUUAUGCGUGGGCCAAAUUAAGCUGGUUCAUGGAUUGCCUCUACUGCAGAAGACUCGCCUUGGCUGGAUCGUGACUGGUGGUGGAGAUAGACUUCGCGGCAAUACAUCUCUUUUAGCAUCUCAAGGCUUGGAAAAUGGAGCUACACUACAUAAUGUCCGCUUGGAGGAUCUGGUUAGGCGAUUUUGGGAAGUCGAAAAUUUGGACAGUGGAGUCAUAAUGGCCAGCAAGGAAGAGCUGGAGUGUGAGGAUCAUUUUAUCAAAAACUUCCAUCGUCUUCCCUCUGGCGCUUACUCUGUUCGCCUGCCGUUGAAGCACCAUGCUAAAGCCCUUGGCGAUUCCUACACACAGGCACACCGAAGAUUUCUUAAUCUUGAACGCAAACUGCAAAGGAAUCCCCAUUUAAAGCGUCAAUAUGUGGCCUUUAUUAAGGAAUACUUGGAGCUAAACCACAUGUCCAGAGUCAGCCCCGAGGCUGUGGGUCUUUGCAAGUAUUUCCUGCCGCACCAUUGUGUUCUAAAGGAGGAUAGCACAACAACCAAGCUUCGCGUUGUUUUCGAUGGAUCGGCGUUAGCCUCAUCCGGGUCGUCUCUUAAUGAUGUCCUUAUGGCUGGGCCCGUUAUACAGCCAAGGCUGUUUAACAUUUUGAUAAAAUUUCGUACUUAUCAGGUGGCCCUGACUGGAGACAUUUGCAAGAUGUAUCGGUGCGUAAGGGUGAGUGAACCCGAUAACUACUUGCAAUGCAUUUUAUGGCGAGACGAACCGGACAAAGAGCUCGAAGUUUACAAACUGGAUACAGUGACCUACGGAACCAAGCCUGCCUCAUUCCUUUCUGUUCGUGCAAUGCACCAGCUGGCCAUUGAUGAGAGGGAUUCCUUCCCUGCUGGCUCAGUUGCUCUGCAACAAGAUUUCUAUGUCGAUGAUUUCAUCUCCGGUGGAAGCUCUGUUGCUGAGGCUAUUGAGAAAAUGCGACAGACCACUGAGAUACUUGCUCGAGGUGACUUCAAGUUACGAAAGUGGUGCACCAGCCACCACGAGGUCUUAAAGGAUGUGUCAGAUGAUGACAAGGAGAAGUAUUUGAAGUUCGACGAUGGCAGCGAUAUAACCAAAACUCUUGGUCUUGCAUGGGAUCCGGCAACAGACGAGCUGCUGUUCUCUUUAUCGUCUCUAGAUCCCGGCUCCAAGGCCUGCCGACGAUCUGUUCUGGCCACCGUUGCUCGUUUCUAUGACCCGCUAGGCCUUCUUGGUCCAGUAAUCACAAAGGCCAAGGUGUUUCUUCAACAACUCUGCAAGGACAAAUUGGAUUGGGAUGAAAGUUUGCCCUUAGAUCGUAACACCUGCUGGAUUGAAAUGUGCAUCAGUUUUCAGAGCGUUCAACGCAUAUCAUUCCCAAGAUUUUUGCUUCUUUCAGAAACUGAUGUUGAAAUUCAUGGUUUCUGCGAUGCCAGCGAGGAAGCUUACGGAGCUUGCAUAUAUGUGCUGUCUAGGGGCACUUCUCCAGCCAGCAGCCAUCUCUUAUGUUCCAAAUCCCGAGUAGCGCCUCUCAAAACGAUAUCUGUACCUAAGCUGGAGUUAUGUGGCGCCCUGCUACUAGCCAAGCUGAUGAAUGAAGUUAUGAAAAUGGAUAUGUUCAAUGGUCCUUUUCACUGCUGGUGUGAUUCCUCUGUGGCGCUAUCCUGGAUCGGUAAUGAGCCUUUCAAAUUCAACGUCUUCGUGGCAAACCGAGUGGCUUCUAUACAGGAAUUGACUACUAAUAUGGAAUGGCAUCAUAUUCCGACUACACUGAAUCCUGCCGACAUUUUGUCCAGGGGGUCUACUCCGGAUUUACUGGCGCUUUCUGAGAUCUGGUUUCAUGGCCCACCAUUUUUACUUGGUGGUCGCAAGGAUUGGCCUACGCGUCUGCAUUAUGGCGAUCCGAGCCUUGAGUUACGUAAACAGGUGCUGAUGGUCAAGUCACCUCACGUUGAUGUUACCCUUAGAUCCAUGCAGCGCGUGUUCGCAUACAUUUACAAAUUUUCUCAUCGCUUGUGGCAUCGUGGUCUCGAAAUAUCUGAUGUGCAACGUGGGACAUAUAUGCUCUGGCGAGGCGUCCAAUUGGCUCAUUUAUGGGAGGAUAUAAAGGAGCUUCGUUCAAAUAGCAUUGUUAAGAAAUCAAGUUCUAUUGCUUCGCUCUUGCCCUUCAUAGAUGCAUGUGGCCUUCUUCGAGUUGGUGGACGCCUCGAAAAUUCAACACUUGCGUAUGAGGCUCGCCAUCCCAUAAUAGUGCCACGUCGUCACCCACUCACCUUAGCGCUCAUCAUGCACUUCCAUAAGAUGAACCUGCAUGCAGGACCGCGCGCUCUGUUGGCAAGCAUCCGACUACAAUACUGGCCUAUUGGAGGACUGCGAACGGUCUCAAAUGUACUGAAAGGCUGUGUGGAGUGCUUCCGGGCCAGGCCCAAAUUUCUGGAACCAAUCAUGGCUAAUCUUCCGAAGGAACGUUUGGAGUGCGUACGGGCCUUUGCUGUUUCUGGCGUCGACUAUUGUGGACCUUUCCUUUACAAAUCAGAAGUUCGCACCAGGUCUCCCAUCAAGUGCUACGUAUGCGUGUUCAUCUGCUUUACAAGCAAGGCUGUGCACUUAGAGCUUGUCAAGGAUCUAACAACUGCGUCGUUUUUAAGUGCUUUGAAAAGAUUCAUUUCUACACGUGGAAAGCCUAGUCAAAUUUGGUCGGACAAUGCUACCAACUUUGUAGGAGCAAAAAAUGAGUUGGCGGAUUUGAAGCGGCUGCUGCUUAGCGAUUCUCAUAUGCAGUCUGUUCAUCAAGCUUGCUUGGCUGAGGGAAUCGACUGGCAAUUUAUUCCGCCUCGCUCACCACACUUUGGCGGAUUGUGGGAGGCAGCAGUCAAGACGGCCAAACACCAUUUCUACCGCUCUGUUGGCCGCCAAACGCUUAGUUUUGAUGAGCUUCGCACUUUGGUUUGUCAGAUUGCGUCAAUCAUUAAUUCUCGCCCCUUGCUAUCCAUUUCAGAGAAUCCAGAUGAUCUUGAUGUUUUGACUCCUGCCCACCUACUUUUUGGUGGCCCUUCCACUACUAUCAUUGAGCCCGAUCUAACCAAGCUUAACUAUAACCGCUUGGAUGGUUGGCAGCGUGUAACAUAUCUGCAGCAACUAUUCUGGUCCCGAUGGCAGAAGGAGUAUCUUACCCUUCUGCAACAACGCACCAAAUGGCGGUCUCCUGAACGAAUGCUGAAGGUCAACGACGUAGUUUUGAUAAAGGAUGAAAAUCUACCUCCCAUGCGGUGGCCCUUAGCUAGGGUGACCGCACUUAUUCCUGGACGAGAUGGUGUUUGCCGAGUUGCUGAUCUGAAAACGUCCACGUGUGACAUCAGGAGAGCUGUUAAUAAGUUGUGCCUGCUGCCCACCAAUGAUGAAGUUGAAAGACAGGCUUCCAACGGGGGGACCUCGCACAAAGUCCACUCGAAUGGACUUGAAGUCGAGGCGGUACGCGAAAGUCGAGGAACGCGAAGAAAGGAUCUGGAUGUCGAGGAUAUCGAGGAUGUCGAGGAUUUCGAGGAUACUCCGCGCACGUUAUGUAGUGCCGCGAUAGCAAACCGCAACUGA